GAUGUGCCGAACAAUCGCGGAGCGCGACGCCAUUGCCUGUGCCCUGGUGCCCAGGGGGCCGCUCAGGCCGGGGAAGUCGCGCCUCCCAACCGUGGUUGUGCCAGCGCCGGGGCCCAGAGGGGCAGCCGAAGGCCUCGGGCAGCCACGCCACCACGCCGCCACGGCGCCCACGCCUGCGCUGUCAGCGGAGCCUCCUUGGGCCCGUGCCUCCCACUGCGGCGCCUCGGCGGCAGACCCCGGAGUGCUCCCGCAGGAGGUGCCCCCCUGGCGCCGCGAAGCCACUGGCCGCCCAAUGGCGGCCAGGGAUGGCAGCGGCGUGGGCGCGGAGGCCGCCGGCGGCAAGCUGGAGCCGGGGCAGCCGCGGGAGCAGGGCGCGGGACGGCGUGGGCUGCGCCAGGGAGCGGAGCUCCCGUUCUGCUGGGUCACAACCAGCGGCGCGGUGCCGUGGGAGCGCGAGGACGAGGCCCGCAUCACCGGCCGGCGCGCGCCGAACCAGGCGUCUCCCAGGCGCGCCGCGCCGCGGCAGGCCGCCCCGUAG